AAAAAAAAAGAGACAACAACCAAUAAAAGGCAAUAUUGAUCCUGAUCUUUAUCAGGACUUAGAAAACACUUUGUUAGUCUCUUUUGUCACCAUGGAUUCCGAAGUACUUAACAUCCUGGCCCUUGUGAUGCCUCUUUUCCUCUUUGUGAUUCUGGCACAGAAAAUAGGGAAGAAUGUUAAGAAAACUGAUUCAUCUCUAAAAUUGCCUCCAGCACCAUGGAAGCUACCUAUUAUAGGAAAUACACAUCAUUUAGUAACAUCAAUACCACCACAUAAAAGAUUAAGAGACUUGGCCAAAAUAUAUGGACCCUUCAUGCAUCUUCAACUUGGGGAGGUCUUCACAAUCAUUGUUUCCUCACCAAAAUAUGCUAUGGAGAUAAUGAAAACUCAUGAUGUCAUCUUUGCAUCAAGGCCUCGCAUUCUAGCCUCAGUUGUCUUUUCUUAUGAAUGCAAAGAUAUUGCCUUUUCACCUUAUGGAGAUUAUUGGAGACAGUUACGAAAAUUGUGCACAGUGGAGCUUCUCACCCAGAAACGUGUCAACUCAUUCCAACCAAUAAGAGAAGAAGAACUCGCCAAUCUCGUUAAAAUGGUUGCUUCACAUAAUGGGUCCCCCAUCAACCUCACUGAAGCAGUUCUUUUAUCAACAUAUAAUAUCAUUUCAAGAAGUGCUUUUGGCAUGAAAUGCAGAGACAAGGAAGAAUUCAUAUCGCUCCUAAAAAAAGUAAUGACAGUUACAGCAGGUUUUAACAUAGAAGAUCUGUUUCCUUCUGCUAAAUGGCUUCAUCUUGUUACUGGUGCGAGGCCUAAACUCGAGAGGUUGCAUCGACAAAUGGAUAAGAUACUACAAAACAUCAUCGAUGAACACAAAGAGGCAAAGUCAAAAGCUAAAGAAGACCAAGCUGAAGCAGAGGAAUAUUUGGUAGAUAUUCUACUAAAAUUCCAGGAUGGUAAUGAUAGUAACCAAAACAUUUGCUUAACUAUUAACAAUAUCAAGGCUAUAAUCAUGGACAUCUUUACUGGAGGAGGUGAAGCAGAAUCAACUACCAUAAAUUGGGCAAUGGCAGAAAUGAUAAGGAAUCCAAGAGUAAUGAAGAAAGCACAAGUUGAAGUGAGAGAGGUGUUCAACAUUAAAGAAAAGGUUGAUGAAAUUUGCAUCAAUGAACUCAAGUAUUUGAAAUCAGUUGUGAAAGAGACUUUAAGGUUACACCCUCCAACUCCUCUUUUACUUCCAAGAGAAUGUGGACAAACAUGUGAGAUCGAUGGGUAUCAUGUACCAGUCAAAAGUAAGAUCCUUAUCAAUGCUUGGGCUAUCGGAAGGGAUCCAAAAAACUGGACUGAACCUGACAGGUUUUAUCCAGAGAGAUUCAUUGAUAGCUCUAUUGAUUACAAAGGGAGUAAUUUUGAGUACAUUCCAUUUGGUGCUGGAAGAAGAAUAUGUCCAGGCAUCACCUAUGGAUUAGCAAGUGUUGAAGAAACCCUUGCAUUUUUGUUGUAUCAUUUUGAUUGGAAGCUUCCGAACGGAAUGAAAAGUGAGGACUUGGACAUGACUGAGCAAUUUGGAGCAUCUGUGAAAAGAAAAGAUGACCUAUACUUGAUGGCUGUUGUUUCUCAUCUCGGUAUGGGGUUUAAGCCGAGCGCACCGAGCGCAUCAUUCGGUCUUCGAGUAUUCGGAAAGCUCGGGUAUUGGGCCUUAGUGUUCGGUUCGUAUCGCGAGUGGUCGACGAGUUCGGUUUUCGGGUUUGGGUAUUCGGCCUGGUCGGCCACCAUACGGUAUACAACCCCCGCAGCGUCGAGGAUGUGGAAGACGAAGACGUUCUUUAGUGUCUGGUAUGGUGUUAUCGACGACUGUGGCCGACCAUGCGAUCCCUAUUGA